AUGGACUACCUGAGCCAGCUGCCUAACGAGCUGUUGUUGGGCAUCGGGCGACAUCUCGAUUCUGGUUGGGAUAUCAGUUCCCUCAGUCGCUUAAAUCGGCAUUUCCACUGGUUGUUUUUCGACUAUCUGUUUGGCUUCUGCUUCAAGCAACGGUCGUCUGCGAGAUAUCUUUGCAACGAAGACUAUCUUCUCCGCCUAUUUUCUCAUGCUUUGCGGCAUGACUCGGCCAACAUCAUUCAGUGGCUCAUGUUCAGAACCGACGAGCUGAAUUAUACAUCCUGGAUGGACAGUAUCUUGCUCAGCGGCGUUACCUUCCUCCACUUUGCUCUGUUGGCGGACGCCCCUCAAGUCGCAGCACAUUUGAUGAAGCAUGGAGCCAAUAUGGACCAAAGUCUGGGAGACUACCCAGACCUCACGCCCCUCUGUUUGACUAUUAGUCAAUCCCAGACAAGCAGCCAAAGAGACCUUGACUCCGCUCUCCGUAUUGCGUCCAGCUACGCUCUGCCAAGAACAACGCGCUUUCUGUUAGCCAGGGGGGCCGAUGCCAAUGCGAUGAAUUAUGGCAUUGCUGCCCUCCAUGCUGCAUUGGUGCGAAGACUGCCGUGGCAAAUGUUCGAGAGAGUGAGCCAGUACUACAUACCCCACACCAAGAUGUCCAGGUUCCUGCAACAUGGAGCUGAGGAUACCGAGGUGAUUUGGUGGUCGAUGAUCAUGCAAACAGUCUCAGAGCUGCUGAAAUUUGGGGCACAAGUUCAGCUUCGAACUACCACAUCAAGAAUCCAUAAGUGUAGCCAUAGAUGCUGGCGCUCUCUGGACUGUGAUCAUCGCGGCCAGACAGCUCUUCACAUGGCGUGUGCUAGUGGCAUCAAGGAAGUGGUGUUUCUUUUGUUUAAGAGUGGAGCCGAUCCUUCACUUCCCAACGACGAUGGAUACACUCCGCUUUACUACGCCUUGGUUCAGGAACACGGAGACAUCGCGCAGGCCCUCCUAGACCGGACUUCCUACAUUACGAAUCCCAUCGUUUUCUUGCCUCACCAAACAACAGCUCUUCACGUUGCUUGUCGAUAUGCCUUCCCACGGAUGGUGGAUGCCUUGCUGAAAGGAGGGGCAGACACUAAUGUCUUAGACAUAAACGGAAGAACGCCACUCAUCGAGGUUCUAGGACAGACCCAGCUGGGGCGUGAGAAGGAUGUCAUUACAACCCUGAGGCACCUUGACAAGUUCGAGGCAGAUCCAAACAUCACAUCAAAUGCCCCGUCGCCUUGGCAGCUUGCAGAGAGACACCCAUUCAAGCAAGUUCGAGAAAUGUUU